AGUGUGUUGUAACAUAGUAAGUGAAUAAUUUUUAUCUUUUUCUUUGUGUGCCGCCAAAUUUUGAAAUCGUUAAAUAUGUGCCGCAACAAAAAAAAAGGGUAUAGAUGCUCAACGAUCUAAGCCUUGUGGUGCUCUUCAGCGGAUUGGUUCUCAGCAAAGGACCUGAACUACCACCAUGCCCCACCAACGUACAAUAUUUUCCGCAGAAUUUACCGAUGCAUUGUCGAAUGCCUCGCAAUGUGAACUACCCCGCUUUCCCUGAAAAUAUGUUAAGUAACACAAUGCCUCCAUUUCCAGCACAACCACCCUUAUCUCCAGCGUUUGCCCCACCAUAUUUCCCAUCAGGUAAGGAAGGAGGUCCGUUACCAGUCCCCGUGCCUCCCGGAAUUCCAGGGCCGAUGCCUAUACCGAUGCCAAUGGCCAUGGUUCCUCCAGGACCUGCCCAUAAAUUACCUGUCAUAGUAAUGCCAUUCUAUUCACCCGAUCAUUCCUACCAAAAGCCUCCAAUCCGUCGACCAUCUAAAAGAAUAAUAGAAAUACACACGAGAAGACCUUUCUAUUCUGAUACUAGCAGUGACACGGACGCUGAUAAUGAAUCUGCAUCUGACACUUCGAGUGAUACGUCCUCUGAUGGUCGCGGUUGGUGGAAAGGAAAAGGCUGGAGACGAAGUGGUAGAAGACUUAAUAAACGACAUCGACCUCGAAGAAAGAAGCACGCUAGGAAAGAUCUGCUUACACCGAUUCUUCAAUACGUGACAAAAGAUGGGUACGUCAUAUUUGAAAAGAAAAUAACAAAAGAUGAAGCAAAAGAUUGGUUAAGUGUGAAGAAAACAGCUGCGAAUAAAGUUAAAAAGGACCGAGAAAACGAAGCAGAGAGUAAUGAUUACGAGGAAGCGGACAAAGAACAUAAAAGAAAGAACAGCAAAGAAGGAGCGGAGUUAACAACUCACAGGAGUGUUACUAAAAAACGUAGUCACCGAAAAGUCAAUAUAUUGAAGACUAAAAUGAGUAGGCAAAAAAUAAACUAGAAAUUGUUUAAUAUUUAAAGAUAACUUAAAUUUUUUGUACUUUUACAUGUUUAUUUAUUAUUAUUGUA